AUGGACGUUCACGUUCGCACAAUGGCGAAUCGUUACUUAUCCCAACUCACCCACACAACCCUCGCACGUGCCGUCCAUGCUCACAUCCUCACCUCCGGCUUCAGACCAACCACUCUCAUCCUCAACCGCCUCAUCGACAUUUACAGUAAAUCUUCCAACAUCCGUUACGCCCGCCAACUGUUCGACAAAAUUCCCAAACCAGACAUUGUCGCAAGAACCACUCUCCUUGCAGCAUACUCUUCUACUGGCAAUAUAAACCUGGCUAAGCAACUCUUUAACGACACCCCUUUGACCAUUCGUGACACUGUCAGUUACAACGCCAUGAUCACUGCUUUUUCCCACAGUCUCGAUGGCCACGCCGCUGUCCAACUCUUCAUAGAGAUGAAAAGGGACGGUUUUGUUCCCGACACGUUUAGCUUAUCAAGUGUGCUUGGUGCUUUGUCAUUGAUAGCUGAUCAGGAGAGGCAUUGCCAGCAGCUGCAUUGUGAGGUGAUCAAGUGGGGUGCAAUCUAUGUGCCUUCUGUUUUGAACGCUUUGAUGAGUUGUUAUGUUUGUUGCGCCUCUUCGCCGUUGGUGCAAUCUUGCAUUUUGAUGGCUGCUGCUAGGAAGUUGUUUGAUGAGAUGCCAAUGAGCAUGAGGGAUGAACCUUCCUGGACUACCAUCAUUGCUGGGUAUGUGAGGAAUGAUGAUCUUGCCGCGGCUCGCGAGCUUCUUGAUGGGAUGACUGAUCACAUUGCUGUUGCUUGGAAUGCCAUGAUUUCUGGUUAUGUGCACCAUGGCUUUUAUGAAGCAGCGUUUGACUUGUUCAGGAGAAUGCAUUCCAUGGGAAUUCAUCAGGAUGAGUACACUUACACCAGUGUAAUUAGUGCUUCUUCGAAUGCUGGGUUGUUCAAUAUUGGAAGACAGGUGCAUGCUUAUGUUCUCAGAACAGAGGUGCAACCGUCCCAACAUUUUGUGUUAUCUGUUAAUAAUGCUUUGAUUACGUUUUACACUAAAUGUGGUAAACUGGUCGAGGCAAGGCGAGUUUUUAAUAAGAUGCAAGUAAAAGAUCUUGUUUCGUGGAAUGCCAUUUUGUCCGGGUAUGUUAAUGCAAGGCGCAUUGAGGAAGCUAACUCCAUUUUCAGGGAGAUGCCAAGGAGGAACAUACUGACAUGGACUGUGAUGAUAUCUGGCUUAGCACAAAAUGGUUUUGGUGAAGAAGGUUUGAAGCUGUUCAACCAGAUGAAGUUAGAGGGACUGGAACCGUGUGAUUAUGCAUAUGCCGGAGCAAUCACGUCUUGUGCUGUUCUUGGAUCAUUAGACAAUGGACAACAGCUCCAUUCUCAGCUUGUCCGAUUAGGUCAUGAUUCAAGCCUCUCAGCUGGCAAUGCACUGAUUACGAUGUAUGCAAGGUGUGGUCUUGUUGAAUCUGCCAAUACUGUGUUUCUUACAAUGCCUUAUGUCGAUUCAGUAUCCUGGAAUGCCAUGAUUGCAGCUCUUGCACAACAUGGACGUGGGGUCCAAGCCAUUCAACUUUAUGAACAGAUGCUGAAGGAAGAUAUAUUGCCUGAUAGGAUAACUUUUCUCACAAUUCUUUCUGCUUGUAGCCAUGCAGGCUUGGUGAAAGAGGGGCAGAAUUAUUUUGAUACAAUGUGUUCUCGUUAUGGUAUUACCCCAGGAGAGGAUCAUUAUGCUCGUUUGAUUGAUUUGUUAUGUCGUGCUGGUAUGUUCUCAGAAGCAAAGAAUGUAACUGAAUCGAUGCCUUUUGAGCCCAGUGCACCAAUCUGGGAGGCUCUUCUUGCUGGUUGUCGAAUUCAUGGGAACAUUGAAUUAGGUAUUCAAGCUGCUGAACGACUCUUUGAGCUUAUGCCACAGCAUGAUGGAACCUACAUAAUCCUUUCAAAUAUGUACGCCACUUUAGGUCAGUGGGAUGAAGUGGCAAGGGUGAGGAAAUUAAUGAGGGAAAGAGGGGUUAAGAAGGAACCUGGUUGUAGUUGGAUUGAAGUUGAAAACAUGGUCCAUGUGUUUUUGGUUGAUGAUGCUGUGCACCCUGAGGUGCAAGCAGUGUACAGAUAUCUGGAGCAACUGGUACAUGAAAUGAGGAAAUUGGGGUAUGUUCCCGAUACGAAGUUUGUAUUGCAUGAUAUGGAAUCUGAACAUAAAGAACAUGCCUUGUCCACUCAUAGCGAAAAGCUUGCUGUUGUUUAUGGAAUUAUGAAACUUCCUUUAGGAGCUACAAUUCGGGUUUUCAAAAAUUUGAGGAUAUGCGGGGACUGCCAUAAUGCAUUCAAGUUUAUUUCCAGAGUAGUGGAGCGAGAGAUAGUUGUGAGAGAUAGGAAGAGGUUUCACCAUUUUAGAAAUGGUGAAUGUUCUUGCGGCAACUACUGGUAGGAAGAGGUUCUGUUAUUUGAUUAUCAUCAAGGGUUAAUGUCAAAAGUGGUCAAAUGAAUUUACAAUAUGUGAAGUGGAUCCUGGAGCCUCUGCCAUCGGGAGUUCAAAAUUAAGACUGAUAAUGACCCCAAAAUGAUCUCCUAAAGGUUGAUCAAUGGACAUGCCAAGGCCUUUGUAAAGGAAUUUCAUGAUCUUCAGUUUGUUUUUAGCUGUCUACAGGAUGGAAAUUGGCUUCUGCUAAUGCACUUCUCUUGCACAUGAUUGCUAGAGUGGAUUAGUGCUAUGUCAAGUCAUUAACCUUGGGAAUAGAGGCCAGUCGCAAUAGUCAGAGAAAUCAGUUGCUUGUUCAUGAUGUGGCUCUGUCGCAUAUGCCACGUCUUCUAUGCUGCCAUUGUUACUUCAGUUUCCCUUUAUUUUUCUGUUUCAGUCUUUGCUUCACCUGUAUGUUAGCAUCAGGCACAUCAUUUCAAUUUGGUUUAAUCUGUUUCCUAGGUGCCGCGUUGCAUGCCAUCUCGAUGGCCAUGGCUCUGGCAAGAUAGAAGGGUCAAAGGAUGGUGUUCAAUUUAAAGGCCCAGGCAGCAGAACAGAAACAACAAAAGCUAUUUUGAGCUAAAAAGGAACAAAACUCUGUACCCAAUUAUUGACUCAUCAAUGUGUAAGAAAGCCCAAAGCACAACACUCUCACCCUGCAAGUGUCAGAGGAGCUUUAGUGGCUCUCUAUAAGCAUGGCUUCUGCGAAUGAAAACUGAAAUCAAUGAUCCUAGAAAUAGAAUACAUCUUACCAACAUAUGAUAUGGCCUCUUCAGUAUGUAGUUUACUGAACUAUCUGAAUCUGAGGGUUCACAAACAAGAAUAUAAGCAUUCUUAUGAUAUUUGUGGAGAUGGAGGACUACAGAUACUAUAUUGUCUUUUAUCUUUGUUGUUGCUUGUUGGGGGCUCGUAAAUAAAAAACGUCUGUGAACCUUUGCAACCAAGAGCAAUGGCUUUAAUGUGAAUUAAUAAAAGUAUGC